GCGGCCGCGGGUGGGCGGAGCUGGCCGGGAUGAGCGGCGGAGGGACAGAGACCCCCGUGGUUUGUGAGGCCGCCCCGGGCGGCGGCGGCGGCAAGAAGAAGGACUCGCUGGGGACCGGGGGCUCGCCAGCCCACCUCAUUAUCAAGGAUCUUGGAGAAAUUCAUUCAAGGCUGUUAGAUCACAGACCAGUUAUCCAAGGUGAAACCCGUUAUUUUGUGAAAGAAUUUGAAGAAAAACGUGGUCUUCGAGAAAUGCGAGUUCUUGAAAACUUGAAGAACAUGAUCCGUGAAACAAAUGAACAUACUCUUCCCACGUGUAGGGAAACGAUGCAAGACAACUUAACCCAAGUUCUCCAGAGAUUGCAAGCAGCUACUGACUCGGUCUGUAGACUCCAACAGAGGGAACAGGAGCGAAAAAAGAUGCAUAGUGACCAUUUAAUAGCUAGUGAGAAACAGCAUAUAAUGCAGUGGGAGGAUUUCAUGAAAGAACAACACAGCAAACAGGCUGAAGUGGACGAAGAGCACAGAAAAGCCAUGGAGAGGCUUAAAGAACAAUACGCCGAGAUGGAGAAGGGCCUGGCAAAAUGUCCAGCCUUUGGAGAACUUGAACCAUAAGAGUGACAAACUGAUGAGAAAACAUUAACUUCCCCUCAGAAACCGCUCCCACCAAACCGCUUAGCCUCUGCCUCAAGUUUAUUAGCAGUGUAUUCAGUGGCACUCUUCUGCAGAAAAAAGAAACUGCUACCGGAGUCUUAGCUGUUUCCUAGAAGAAGAAUGCCACAUCUUCCCAGUUUUAAGUCUUGUAUCUGCCUAUAUCUAUAAAUGGGGAGAAGUAGGAGGAAAAUGGUAUAAACAUGCGCUUUGUUAAUGAGGAUUGGUCUUAGUUUCCAUUGAUUAACUCGGAGAACUGUAAAUACAGACUUCUUAGAAAAGUGAUUUAAUUCAUUCUUACGCAGGGUUAAUGUCACUUUAUUAUUGUGGCCCAGAAGGCCGAUACGGCGGCUGCCUGUCGGAGCCUCCCUGGCUCUUGGAGGAAUGUGUGCAGUGUUACUCCGUGAGUCAUGCCCUGAGAAACAACUGUCCUGGGAGCGGAGACCACACUGGAGAGAGUCAAAACUUUGUCUCUGCUCUUCAAAGAGAGCCACGUUGGUCUCUGAAUGGCCUGUUGGGAGAAGUUGCAGAUUUUGCGUGGCAGAGUAAUGCCGUGUUUCGCUGGAAGACAAGACAUGCUUGUUAAGUUUGUGGCCGUCCAGCACUUCAUAUUUUCAGCUUUUAAAAUGUGCUCACAAGGAAAAGCUUACCAAAAAUAGAGUUGACUUUUAACCUUUCCAAGAACCAUAAUCUUGCCCACAGAUUUACCUCAUUUUUACAUGUGUUUUGCUGUGGGUAAGCUCUGUAAGAUAAAUAAUGUCUAUACAUGUUUCAACUGUUUAAUGAGUAAUCAGCAAAAUCUGCCAAGGCGUCCCUCUGGAACCAUAUAAAGAUUCUGGCUCUGAGUAAACCAGAAGUAUUUGCCCACAUGGCAAGUGAUCCAUGUUAAAUGUAAAUCCUUUUUAGUGUUUAAUGUCUGUUCUCAUAAGCAGGUGUAUUAAGAUGAAACAUAUACCAGUUCUGUCAUCACUGUGAUCUUUAAAAAUCUGCAUUUAACAAUCUAAUUGAGGAACUAAGUUGAUUGUUUAUUUGUCAUAAACCAAGCAGAAUUAAAUGCAAUAAUUUUAAGAGAUUUAUGGCAAAUGAAUUUGAGGUAUGGAUAAAUCUUUCAGGUCUUUUUUUUUAUUGCUCUUCAGUAAAGAAAGGCACAAGAAAGAAAAUACUCAACUCUUGUGUUAUCUCAGUGUUGCUACUGCAGAAAAGUGACAGUGCUUGCUUGUGUAAAUUUAUGGCUUGCUGUCAAGGCUUCAUUCUUGGCUGCAUGUUGAAAAUGUGAUUAAAGUUAAUAGAGGAGAUGAAAUAAGUAUUUGAGAUUUCUUUCAGUAACACUGAACUUCUGCCAACUCCCUCUGUCCGCUACUGUAGGCUUGACAGGUUCAUCCAUCAUCCUCUGGUACCUGGACGAAAAAGAGCACUUGCUGACAUUCAGGCAUGUUGGGAUUUUCUUAAUUCUCUUUCAGUGGAUGGAAAAAGAAAACAUACUUCCCAAAAUAUCCCACACAUGAAAAGGGAGGGGAACCUUAAAUGAAAAUUCCUUUUGUACCAUAGGCAGUUUUGGGAGAGCCAUUAAUUGCCAAUGCACCAUUGAACAGAUGCUGGAACCAGGAGGUCAGGACUGUGUGUGAGCAGGAAUGGUUCCUCAACUUGUGCAGAGAUUUCUGACAGUGUUUGUUCAUCUCAUAUGAAUAAUAAAUACUUUACCAUAUGAGUUUGUAUAUACUAUAGAAGGAUCUAAGAGACUUCUUAAACCAAAAUGAUUUAAUGGACUUUUUGAGCUUUAAACAUUGAUACUAAAUUCUUUCUUUGUGACUUUCUUAGCUGUUCAGUAUAGCUUCUAAAAGAGAGGGUUGCUUUUCUUUCCCUUUAAUAUUUUUAGUAGUGAACACUUUCACUUAUAUUUCCCAGUUUUAAAAUCACUUUUGAUAUGUAUUUUAUUUAUAUAUAAAAAGCUUUAGUCGUUACAUAAUAUACAACAUUUCUGCUGUUGUGCUGUCAAGCAGAGAGAAUAUGGAUUCUGUGUGCCUCACAGGAUUAGUUUCUAAUGAUCAAACGAAAUAAUGUUUGUCAACUUAAAGUGCUAUAGAAAUAUUUGUCUUUAAAUUCUAAGUAUUUUUUAUUUUUCAUCAUGAUUUCUUUUUUGACUUAUAUAUGUGGAUUUUUUUUUUCCAUUUCCUAACAUGUAGAUUUUUAAGUUCUAUUCUUAUUAUUGAUUUCUGCUUUCAUUGGAUUGUGGUCCAAGAAUAGAUUCAUAUAAGACUUGAGAUGUUAAAAUUUGUUGAGAUUUGCCAUCUGACCUAAAAUAUGCUAAGUUUUUGUAAAUGUUGUGUUAGUGCUUAAAAGUAUGCGUGUUUUCCAACUGUUGGGUGUUCAUUAGACCAAAGUUGUUAAUUGUGUUGGUUAAAUUGUCUCUGUUUUACUGUUGUUUUUUUCUUCUACUUGAUCUUCCAGAUUCUGAGGUGUGUUAAAAUUUCCUACUCUAGUGGAUUUUCUGAUUUCUCCCUGUAAUUCUGUCAGUUUUUAUUUCAUAUAUUUUGAAGCUUUGUUAUUAGGUACAUACAAGUUUAGAAUUGUUUAUCUUCCAAGUUUAGAAUUGAAUCUUAUAUUUGUAGUCACAGCCUCUAUUUCUAGUAAUGUUUUUGUAUCAGUUUAUAUUGCUUUAGAAUCUGUAUUUCUAAAAGAGAGAUUUAUACAGGCCACACCAGCGGGUUAAUAAUUUGUAGGGUAUAUAUUUCUUUAUUCUUCUGUUGGACCUUUAUAUCAUGUUUUCAUGUGCCCCUUAAAAACUGUAACUAGAUUAUUUUUUCUUUCUAUCUAAUUAUCUUUUAACUGGAGACUUUAAUCCAUUUACAUUUGUUGAAAUUACUAAUAUAAUAGGAUUUAUUUAUACAGUAAGUCCGCUACAUAUGAACCUUCAAGUUGCGAAUUUUCAAAGAUGUGAACCUGCAUUCGCCUGUCCAAUCACAUAAGCUAGUUCACGUGUCUUUCAUACAUUGAACACCUUGCUGUGCAACACGAGGAGCUUACUAAUAAAGACCUGACAGAAUUGGAGGCCCAGAGAAAGGACGAAGAGAGACAAGAGGAAGAAGAAGUAACUGAAGAACAGAAGAGAUUCACGACACAGGAAAUGACAACGGGAUUGUCUUUAUUUGAGGAGGCACUGUUAGUUUUUGAGCACAGGACCCGAACGCAGAACGGUACACGAAGGUUGCAGCAGCCAUUCGGAAUGCGAUCCGGUGCUACCGGGUCAUCCGUGACGACAAAGAAAAAGAGCUCCUACCCGGGCAUCACUGGAUCGUUUUUACAAGAGGGUAGGUAGAAUUGAAUCCAGCAAGGAACCAGAACCUGUGCCAUCAACAUCAGGCGUGAGUGAAAUUGCCGCUCGCCCUCCGUCUCCUGUUGCUGACGAUCCUUCAGCUCUACCACCUCCCACCUCCUCUCCCUCCUCCAGUCAGUAACCCUUCUUGCCUGUUCACUCGAUGCCAGCCCCAGUAUCCCAGCUGUUGUACUGGACUGCUGUACUUUUCAAGGUACUGUACUGUGAGAUUAAAAAUGUUUUCUUU